GAGUCCCGUUUUAACCGCAGACGUCGAACGGAGCAGACGGAGUAAGCGCGUUCGCUAUUGGGCAGGACGGUUUUAUGUAAUUCCGUGCGGAUUCUCCUGACGUACCAACACCGAUUCGUGCACUUGGAGUAAUCGUACCCGUUUGUGGCUGCUGUACCUUGGAUCAGACAAGAUGCGAGCGCGGCACCGGCGCACCUAGCGUCGACGCAGGCCAACUGGAUCGUCGAGAGACGAAAACGACUCCUUCGAUGGUAUGCUGCAGCACUUCGAACGGAGGACUACGACCAUCUUUGUCCUCGCAGCGUUGUUUAACGUCAUUCUACCGGCAGUCAUACACCAGUCCUGCUCUCAAGACGAUGAUUGCGCUGUCCACCCAAAUACCUUCUGCAGCAAGGGCAAGGAAUGCAUUUGCCUGGCCAGAUACAGCCGCACCUAUCCGCCUUGCAACGAAGGGAUUGAGCUAGGAGAUAGCUGUUCGCGGCAUGAGAACUGCGAAGUGAACGAUAACAAUUCGUACUGCCACCAAUCUAUCUGCCGCUGCAAGCCUUCGUUUCACAGGGAGAUGCUAAUGGACAAUGCCACCCGCUGCAGACCAGGACCCGAGUUCCAAGACUCAUGUUACAUCGCCGAGGACUGUGGAGGCCCGAAUUUCACGUGCGCAGCAGGCAGGUGUCGCUGCCAAGCAGGAUUCUACAAGGAUUACGGCACAUCGGAAUGCAGACAGCAGCGUUAUCUGGGGCAAGACUGCGAGAAAGACAUCGACUGUGCAAGUGUUGUCAACAAUUCGUACUGCAGCCAUGAACGUUGCGACUGCAAGAACGGCUAUAUCCGUACCAACCUGGAUGGCAUCGGGGAAGUUUGCGAAAUCGACAGGGGAGGAAGAGGAGCGCUCAAAAUUCUGUUCGCUUUAAUGCUUCCAGUCGUCAUCUGCGCCUUUGUCUACUUGUACAGAAACCGUAAAGUAGGUCAAGUCAACAAGAACCAAAGUGCUGAAGAUGAUCAUGCAGUUUCACCACCACCUCCAGGUUUCGCACCGGGAAUAGAAAUAGGCAUAAAAGAUGCGCACGAACGCACAAGAGCUAUCAUCGAGGAGGAAGAUGCGCAUCAAGCAUACAAGAUUCAGAAAGCAGGACCUCUUUUGUCAUUCGACAAAAGCGAGGACGAUGACGUCUUCUUCGCGCUGCCAUCACCAUCCGAAAGCACGCCACUGACACCGAUGUCGUCCGACAUUAUUGGUGCCCCUGCGGACAGCGGUAGUCUUGCAUCGGACAAGAGCAGACAGCUUCCUCAGUGUUCCACCACCAUUGUCCAAAACAAAUACCUGACCGGCACACACGUUGUGGGAGAGAACGACAGAGACCAGAAUAAUCACUGGCGGACAAGAGUGUGAAACCACGCUGAGAAGAGAGAGUUGAACAGACUUCCAUUGUCAGCACAUACCGCAUCACCCAUUGUGAUGGAUGUUGCAAGUGCCGCAAAGCCGUCGACAUACUUUACCGGUCAACAACCCCGAGCUGCACUGCUACCAGACCACGCAGCACAAGAGGAGUAUUGACAUGGCACACUGUGAAAAAAAAAAAAAAAAAAAGAAUAUCUGUACAUGCACCUUGUGCAAUACCUUACUGGAUAGCAAAACUUCCUGCUUAGUGCCUCAGGCUUGUGUUUGUGUGCAUGCACUCCACUUCAACUAGAAGUGCAUUCUCGUGUACAUAGCGUUCCUCUGUGCUUACAGGCAUUAAUGCAGCACACAUAUUUUUCUCCCAAGUGUGCGUCUUCAGACAUGACUCAUUAUUAUCAUCUGUCCUCCACUAUGCGAAGAAACAUGAAUCAGCAGGUAUUUGCUUUUUGUGUAGGACGACUUCACAAUGUGGCUUUUGAUAUUGCAGUAUUGUACAAUUAGUGCAAGAAAUGUGCUGCACCCAGUAGAACUUCAAAGGAGUAGAUAGUUACGAAGCAUUUAUGCCCUACCUAGCGGCAAAGGUCACAGAGAGAGAGUCACAUAGUAGACCUGGAGCUUCCAAAUGUAACCAUACGUUCAGCUUUAAACGUGUUCAGCAAAAAAAAGAGUCUGGAUCAACAAUGUUAACAAAGUGACCAUAAGUAUACCUGUGAUCUCCAUACCAUUACUGAAACAUACUCAAAACCAAUAAACAGGCUCAUCCUUGUUCUUUUUUUCACAAAUACCACAAUAUUUCAGAGAGUGUCUUACAGUUUUCAUAAACCUAUGUAAUAAUAUGAAGCCUACCCAAUCACACUGCAAAAACAACUCUCAUCCCCAGGCUCUAAGUUGUGUGGUGGCGCUCACGUACACAUAUGCAAUCAAAAUCGUGAGCAGACAUAGAAUAUAUGUAGAGAUAUAUAUAUAUUACUUUUUUCACGGUCGGUGAAUGCCUAUAGCUUUCGAUUGUUUUUGUUACCAAUGUUCAUAGACAUCAUGUGAGAUAUAUUUUUGAAGGACUGUUAGAUAUCGAUCUCAGAAAGUCCACCGCGAUGAGGCUUCAGCACGCGACAAAUGUUAGUAUUACAUUGUGUAAAUAUGCUUACUCAUGCCCUAGCUAGAAGGUCAUGCUACAUAUUUUGUUCACGGUACAGUGGAGACCAUUUAUAGUCAUCCUGCGUACAGUAAUGCACUAGGUACUGUAAACUUUUUCUGGAGAUCAGUCUCACCUGUACUGGAUUUAAUAUAUCUCUGUAGUGGAUGCAGUAAACACUUUACUGCAUAAAGUGUGGUUGCAAGUCUUGAGAGCGGACCUUAUUACCCGAAGCUAAUAUAAGGCAUCUAUUCAGACUCAAGCAUUUAAAUUGAAUGUAACAACAUUACCGCGUCUUACCCAGUAUUACGCCGACCUAACACCGACGCACACACACCACUGUCAUAAGGUACCCUUACCCUUAACAGGGGAAGGUUCUGCAUAACGACAGCACCAAAGCAUAGUCAAGUGGUGUUGCUAACGUGCUUGUGGUGGGUUAUCUUCAAGUUUGUCAAUUCUAUGUGUCUGAUUUCGUGAAUGUAUCGUGUUUACUGGGCGGAGAUUCCUCGUGGUAAAAUAGCAGUAAAUCCCCCCCCCCCCCCACCUCCCGAGACUUUUGUCAGUUUGACUAUAAACGGCCCUCACUGCAUCAGCUGUUUGGUUUCAAACCAUGUAGUCCAGGCUGUUAUUGCUUUCACCUGUAGAAGCACCUGAAGGUUGUUCAUUACUGCCGUUUUGUCCUGAUGCGGCAUACUACGUACGAUUCAGAAGCCGUGCUUACGAGAAAUUAUGACUGAUCGCAAGAUUUUGGGUCCACAAUAUUAUGUGACAUAGAAAGAGACAAAUGAAGUGAUGUUUUUCUAUGGUACCUUACGAAAAUGCAGUCAUGUACAUUGAUUAUACUGUUCAAAACUGAAAGUUUACAAAUGAAAAGAAACAAAAAAAAAAAAAGUGUAGAAAAAUAAAAACAGAAAAAUG